CCCUAAACUCGUUUCCUGGCACUUUCAAGAUAACAAUCGAAGUCGAGUAUGCGUUAAGAUAGUAAAAAUACGAGUGCAGAUAUCGAAGAUCCGACAGUCGACGAAAAACCGAAUAACACUAGGAAACCACGAGACUGUGGUGGUCGGACCGCCCGAGUCGAUGGAACCAAAAGUUAUUAAGGAAGAAGCAAUUGAACGGGAUUCCAGUAUUUUAGACGAUCCCAUUUUAAAUAACAAUAAUAACAAAGAAUCUGCAUUCAGAAUACAUAAUCGAAAAUCGAAAAUCAAGUCCAAAGAUGCUGGUUUUUCGUCCACGUCCACUAGCGAUUCAUCAGGUGAACACUUGCUUAGUCCCACGCAUCCGUUACCGACACAGAACGACGUUGAAUCUGAAAGCUCAAGCCCUCAGUCCGAUACAUUUAGGAAUCAUUCGAAACUAAAAAGAUUCCUUUCUACAUUGGUGCAAUUCAGUGGACAAAUAUCACCCCAUACUAGUGAACGAGUUAAGGGUCAGAUAUUCACAUUGGUGAACAAUUUAAUAAGCGUUGAAGAAUUUCACCAUAAUAUACAAGAAAUGACAAACUUUCCACUUAGACCGUUUGUACUGCCAUUUUUAAGAAGCCACCUUCCAUCAUUACAGCGUGAUCUACUAGCAAUGGCACGUAACAACAAACAGACGCUGAGCCAGUACCUGAAGCAGCACGAGAACGCGUACCUGGACCGGGACUCUCAGCCCAGCGAACCGUCCGAGAUCUUUCACCAGGUGGAACGGGUGCCGCCGCCGCCGCCGCCGCCGUCGCGGGACAACAGCGCCGGCAACAAGCGGUCGUACCCUUUGGCCGCGGCCGCCGACAGCUAUUACGAGACCGGUUACGCGGCCGACUUGGACUACCAGCAGCCGUGCGCCAAACGGCCCAACCUGGGAUACGGCGUGCCGUUCAUGUACCACCACCCGAACCUGCACCCGCAGGACCCGCCGCCGCCACCGCCGCCACCGCCUCCCCCGCACCCGUACAACAUACUGCCGCUGUUGCACUUGCGCGAGGUCGAGGACCACAAGGGCCACGUGGAGGACGAAUGGAAGAACAUACACGUGAUGUUGAACUGUAUUUUGAGUAUGGUGGAAAAAACAAAGAAAGCAUUAGGUAUACUUCAAGAGCGCGGUCUGACGGACACACAUUUUCCUGAUUGGAAUAGAAAGAAAUCGACAGAUGAAGUGCUGGCGCAAACUGUACGGCACACCGAAGAACGUAUCGAAAGCAUAAAAAAGAAAGCCGAGGACUCGGUGAACGAGAUAAGACAUCAGGCCAUGGUGGAAUUGCAAAAACUCGUGUUGGCCGCGGAAAACAAAAUGAUCGAACUGGUGGCCACGGAGCGAACGAGACUAAGCGGUAACAGAACAUCGAGUUCCAGUCUGCAGACAUCGCCGUCGUUGAUUUCGCAGUACAACAGCUGCUGGAACUGCGGUCGGAAGGCGCAAGAGACGUGCAGCGGCUGUAACACGGCGCAGUACUGUAGCUCGUUCUGCCAGCACAAGGACUGGGAAACGCACCACCAGACGUGUUGCGUGCACUCGACCGCGGCCACCAGCUGCAUCGCCACCACCACCAGCACCACGGCGACGGCGACCACCACCAGCACCGCCGGCGGCGCGGUUGCCACGUUGACGGCGAGCAAGAAACAACAGCCGCCGCCGCCGCCGCCGUCGUCCGUGGCGUCCACGGCCACCGCUUCGUCGUCGUCGGCGGCCACCGUCGCGGACGAUCUGACAGUCGUCCGGUCGCAACCCGCCGCCCCGACGUCGUUCAAGGUCGCCGGCGUGCCGACGGACGCUUCGGAAGCCGGCGGCGAACCCGCGGCCGACAAGCAGUCGACGCACGGCGGUGGCCGCAAGCAGCCGCAGUCUUUUUUUGGUUUGCCGUAUUUACCUCCAGAAGAAGUAAAAGAUGCCUUUACACAAUUAAUAUCAGAUUACCCAACAUCAGAUUUUUCAUUUCCAACUACGUUCUUGAAACAUAUAUAA